AUUCAAAACAGAAAGAGGAAGUGAAAAAAAUAACAUUCCAUAAAACUAUAAAUAUAGACAUAUCUAAUUAGUCUAGAAAUUAUAGAAUUUUAAGAAGUUUAAAUACAGAUUUGCUGACUUCAUACCAAACAGAGAAUGUUUCAACAACCUGGUUAUAUUGAGAAUGUGUCACUGAGACUGUCUGACGUUCUUGCUGAUAUUGGAGUGGAUGAGAGGAUUGUGCUGAAGAGAAGAAGAGCAGUGCUGCUGAUGGAAUCUAUAAAAACAAUAUCAUCACAAUUAGCGGAUACGAAUGCUUCAGGAUACUACUUAGGCAGUCAGUCUGAGGGAACCACUACACUGGGACUUAAAUCAGACAUUGAUCAACUUAACUGUUUUUAUGACUUAAUGUGAUACUAGACAGGGCAGACUGGGAACCUGGUGUACACAAUUUGUUGAUAAUCCAGGAUGAGACUGUAUCGUCUGGUAUACUGUCUACUACAACGCCUGAGAGAUGAUGCUCCUCUUCCAUUCAAUGAUGUACCUUAUGAACACCAUUUCAGAGACAGAACAGGAAGAAUAUUGCUAAAGAACACAUUCAUGUCAGCAGCAGCUGCUAAAGUUUAUGAGGGAAGAGUAAGACAUGGUCCAGCAUAUGCACAACAAGGACAACCUGGGAUUAGAGAUACUGACUAUGUUGGUGCUUUCCCCUGUAAAUCAUGGCCUCUUCAAGCUAGACAAUGGUUAGACCAGCAAGGUGUAGGUCAGUGGCCUUCAGAUGACAUGAAGAGAUACUGUAGAAGUACUGGAUGUUUUGUUGUUUGUGUUGGAAGCAAGGAAAAUGAAGAGCUUGAAUGGAGAAUAUCAACAUCUCUAGCGGAAAGGUGUUCAAUGUUUAACCUUAAUAUUACACAGAUUUGCUGUUACGUCUUGAUGAAGAUGAUGUUAAAAACCUUCAUUAAGCCACACAUUGAAGACAAUAUUUCAAGUUUCAUGUGCAAAACUGUUCUAUUCCAUUGCACUGCAAAUACAUGUUCAAACAUCUGGAUAAAAAAUAACUUGUUUGUUUAUCAUUGUGUUUAUCUGUCCUGUACAACUUUAUUUUAAAUGAAAAUUGUCCAAAUUUUAUCAUACCUGGAAACAAUUUGAUGAGAGGACAUAUUUCUCAUGAAACUAAACCUUACAUUCUUGAAAUACUGCUGGAUGUUAUAAACAGCAAAGGGAAAGCAUUACUGGAGAUUGAAUGUGAUUCUCUUGGUACAAGGCUUCAGCUGAAGAUGAGUAAUUUGCCCUCUGAAAUAAAGAAAAAUGACCUUAUUUCGGGACAUUUACUAUCAUCAACUGCUGAGCUCAUUGAUUUAUUUUUUCUGUCCUGUCUAACUGUAAUUAAAAACAGUAGUUAUGAAGAAGCUAAACAAACAUUGCUGAAGUAUAUUUUCAAACUAGUUAGUAUUUCUAAAAACUGCCAUGGAUUGGACAAAACAGCCUGCAGCCUUAUGACUCCAUUGUUGUGUACAACCUUUGAAACUGCCCUGGCAUCCAUCAACAUUCAACAGUACCAUGCGGUAUCAGCAGAAGUUCUCACCUGGAUCUCACUGGGUCUGCACACAGAUGUUUCAUCUAGUAAACUGAAGCUAGCAUCCAUGUUUUACUGUAUAGAAGAUACUCAAAGAACAGAAACAGUUCUCAGAAAUAUUGAAGUAAGUUAUGAUCUAGACAUUGUUGAGCCUGUUUGUCGUUGUCAUGACUUCAUCCAUCAACCUCGAAGAAGAGAAUUUUAUGCAAUAAGUGACAAUCAUAAUGAAAAUGCUAUACAGUUCACUAUAGCAUCCUGUGUCCGAUUUCUGCCAUGUGAAAUUUACUGUGUUCCACAUGAACUUAGAUAUGAAAUGUUUAGAUCUACACAAGAGGAUCUAGCUUUCAGAGGUAGACGGGAUAAGUGGAUGGACUGGGCUGUCAUUGAUUCUCUUCCAUACCUCUACUUUCUACAAUACAAGGCUUACAGCAAUAUUGGGAGACAAGAGAAUAAGCAAAGAGCAUUUUCAAACCUAGCAAUAACCAUUGACCUGGAACCAAACCUUGGACACAGGGAAACAGCCCUGAACCUACUGGGACAGUGUAUGGAACAAGAGCGCCGAGCUAGAGAUGCAUUACGAUGUUAUUUAUUAUCCCUAAAUGUAAGAGCAAGAAACAAUGCUGCCAAGAUCCAUAUUUGUAGGCUGCUGUCUACAUUGGUAAAUGAACGUUAGUUUAUAAUGAACAAACAAGUGGAGAAUAUCAGUUUAUACAAUAUUUAUGUAUGAUGGUACAAGUGAUGUAUCCAACUUUUUUUAAUGAAACCACUGUGACUCACUGUGUGAUAAAAGGUAAUCAAACACAUUUCUGUUUCAAAUGCAAAACAAGAGGGUCAUGAUGACCCUGGAUCGCUCACCUGAGUAAUAUGAGCUACAUGUUUCAAAUGUCAAACUGAUGAUUUUUAGAAACUGUUUAGAAGAUUUUCCGAUGUACAAUCAAGUAAUCCCUGGGGCAGGGCCAAUUUUACCCCCGGGUUAAUGAUUUGAACAAAGUUUGUAGAAGUCUACUAGGCAAUGUUUCAUAUCAAAUAUCUAAGAUCUCGGACUUCUGGUUUAUUUUUAGCAAAUUUAUGAAGAUUUCCUUAUGUAUAAUCAAGUAACCCCUGGGGCUGGGUCAAUUUGACCCUGGAGGGUCAAGAUUUGAACAAAUUUUGUAGAGGUCCACUAGGCAAUGCUACAUGUCAAAUAUCUAAACUCUAGGCCUUCUGGUUUAUUUUUAGAAAAUUUUGAAGAUUUUUCUAUGUAUAAUCAAGUAACCCCAUGGGGCAGGGUCAAUUUGACCCCGGGGGUCAUGAUUUGAAUAAAUUUUGUACAGGUCUACUAAGCAAUGCUACAUGUCAAAUAUCUAAGAUUUAGGCCUUCUGGUUUAUUUUUAGAAAUUUUUUGAAGAUUUUCGUAUAUAAAAUCAAGUGACCCCUGCGAUGGGGUCAAAUUUGACCCCGGGGGCCAUGAUUGAAAAAUUUUUGCAGAGGUCCACUAGGCAAUGCUACAUGUCAAAUAUCUAAGACCUAGGCCUUCUGGUUUAUUUUUACAAAAUUUUUGAAGAUUUUCCUAUAUAAAAUCAAGUGACCCCUGGGGCGGGGUCAAUUUUGAUCACGGGGGUCAUGAUUUGAACAAAUUUCGUAAAGGUCCGCUAGGCAAUGCUACAUGUCAAAUAUCUAAGAUCUAGGCCUUCUGGUUUAUUUUUUUAAAAAUUUUUGAAGAUUUUCCUAUAUAAAAUCAAGUGACCCCUGGGGCGGGGUCAAUUUUGACCCCGGGGUCAUGAUUUGAAAAUUUUUUGUAGAGGUCCACUAGGCAAUGCUUCAUGUCAAAUAUCUAAGCUCAAGGCCUUUUGGUUUAUUUUUCAAACUUUUUUGAAGAUUUUCCUAUAGAAAUCUAUGUAAAAUCAGG